AUGCAGAAUUUUAUGAAUGGUCUUAAGCUUAAGACUAAACAACUAAUUGACACAACUGCUGGUGGUUCAACGAAUUUUAAAACAGCCACUGAGAUAAAGAAGAUCAUUGAUGCUAUUGCAGCAAACGAACACUUAGAGCUGUAUGACCCCAGUGUAAAUCAACCAGAAGGGUUAGUUGAUUUGAAGUUGACGAAUCAAGUUGUUAAGAUGGAAGAGCAGAUCACAGCUGAAGUUGAGCGUAGAAUGAAACAAAUGGCUCUUGAAAAACAAACGGUGGCUCAAGUUCAGCCGGUUCAACCGAUUCAAGCAGUGAAUUGUGAAAUAUGUGGAGGACCUCACUUUGCCGUGCAUUGUGUGGUAACAGCCCAACAGGUGGAAGAAAUCAACUUUUUGAAACAGAACAACCCUUACUCUAAUACUUACAAUCCAGGAUGGAAGAAUCCUCCGAAUUUCUCCUGGAAAGAUCAACAAGGGAACGUUCCAAAACAAGGGGCUGCUCCUUAUCAAGGUCUUCCACAACAACAGCAGCAAUAUAGGCCACCACAACAACAACCUUAUCAACAGCCGUAUCAGCAACCUCAACAACAAUUCCAGCAACAAGGGAAAAGAAAAGCAGAUUGGGAGAUCGCCAUUGAAAAAAUGGCUGCUCAAAGCUCCCAAUUUCAAGAAGAAACAAGAACACAACAAUUGGCAAGCCCUCAGCAACCUGGUGCUCUGCCUAGUGCCACAGUUACAAAUCCCAAAGACCAUAAUAAUGUGAGCGCUAUAGUAACUAGAAGUGGUAAAGCGAAAGAAGUUGUUGAGGAGAUUGCUAAAGAAGGAGAGCCAUUGCUUGAAGUAGAUGUAGAAAUAAAAGAGAAUGAAGCACAAGUGGAAGACUUAGGUGUGUUGGAACCAACAACUAAAGGGAAGACUAGUGAACAAAAACCGGAAAUCAAAUUACCCUUUCCAACAAGAAAUAAGAAGAAAGGGCAGCACGAGAAAAACUUUCAAAAAUUCUUGGAAAUGUUUAAGAAACAUGAGUUGAACAUACCAUUCCUGGAGGGUAUGAAGAUUUCGGUGAAGAAGAAAGACCGAGGCUCUGUAACUAUUCCUUGUACUAUUGGGGAUAGAUCAUUUAAAAAGGCUCUUAUUGACUUGGGAGCAAGUGUUAGCCUUAUGCCGUUGUCCAUCUACAAGAGAUUGGGAAUUGGUAAAGUUCAAGAUACAAGAAUGACACUCCAAUUUGCCGAUCAUUCCGUAAAAAGACCGUACGGGAUAGUAGAAGAUGUGCUUGUAAAAAUAGACAAGUUUGUGUUUCUAGUGGAUUUUGUAAUUUUAGAGAUGCCAGAAGAUGAAGAAAUUCCGAUCAUUUUGGGGAGACCAUUCUUAGAGACCGGGAGAUGCUUGAUAGACAUAGAAGAGGGCACGAUGUCCUUGAAGGAUGAUGUUGCUACUAGUCAACAUAUUGAGGUGAUUGAUCAAAUUGUUCACAAUGAGGAUGCUGUGAAGUCACAACAAUUACCUUUAGAAAGAGUGUUGAGUUUAUCAAUUUUCAACGAAACUGAAGAGGUUGACGAAGAAGAGAUAGAAGUGUUGAAUAUGAUGGAGGCAAAACCUUUCUUUAAAAGUUCUCGACAAAAUCGGUGGGAGGAUUUAAGGCAACCAUUAGUAGAGGAAAAGAAAGAUGAACCAUAG